AAAUUUUAUACCGAGACGGCGAGAACUCAGCAGGAAACGCACACUUAGCUGAAGAGGUGGGCUCGUGAGUCGACGUAUCUCUGCGCGAUGGCCGUGCAGUGGGUAUUGUUAUGCCAUGGGUUGGUGACUCUGCUCGUAGUCGUCUCCUUCCUCUGCGGUCAAUGGCCCAUCUUUCAGGGCACCUUCAUCGAGCGCAUUCACUUCUUCCUUACUUACGGCGCUUACGAUUACUUCCUGCGUUUCGUUGGUGCCAUUUUUGGUUCGAAGUGCUCCGAUGCUGUUCUUUCUGUCGAAUAUUACUGCUGCGAUAGACCCAACCCGAUCUUGCAGAUUUUAUAUUUUGGGAUAAUCGGCAUAGCAUAUUAUUUUAUUGUAAAAGCAUCCUUUGCCUAUAUUCCUGGCUACUAUUUAAGUGGAAUCCACAGGUACACGAGCUUGUUGGCUGUCGCUGUUGGAAUUCUGCUCUUUCUUUUGACCAGCUUUUCUGAUCCAGGAACAAUCAAUUCUGCCAAUGUUUCUCAAUAUCUCUCUGCAUACCCCUAUGAUAAUAUCAUUUAUGCUGAGAAAGAAUGUUUAACCUGCAAAAUUCAGAAACCUGCUAGGUCCAAGCACUGCAGCAUAUGUGACCGCUGUGUGGCACGCUUUGACCAUCAUUGUGGAUGGAUGAAUAAUUGCAUAGGGGAGAGAAACACCCGGUAUUUUAUGGCUUUUCUUUUAUGGCAUUUCCUUCUAUGCUUGUACGGAGUGGUUGCUAUUGGACUGGUUCUAGCUGGAAGAGUAAAAGAACUGAGAGUUGUGUAUAUUCUAACAGUUUACUAUGGAAUAGAAAAUUCUUUUCUGGGUUUAGCUCCGCACGUUGUACAGUGGUGGUUAGGAUCACACCACACGCUGGUCCUUCUUGUAGUGUUCCUUGCAAUUGUUGGAAUGCUAUUGGCUGGAUUUUUUGGUUACCAUGCAAAGCUCUGCCUCAGCAAUACUACCACUAAUGAGACCUUCAAGUGGCAAGAGUACACGAGCUGGCAGAGGAAGCUAAAUGAAGCAAAGGCCAGUGCUGCAGCCCUAAGAGCCAGUAGUGGGAUGAGCAGCGACAGAAAGCCCUUUCUGAGCAAAUGGAAAGCCUUCUUCCGAAGGUUGCCAUUAGAGGAUGUGGAAAUUGUCCACAAUAAUGUCUACGAUAGAGGAUUCAUUCACAAUGUUCUGGAGGUUGUCUACCCGCUUUCUUCAAGGCGGUCAUUUGCACGAACCAAAUUGAAGCCAACCUGAGAAUGCUGCUGAAGUACUUGUCUUUCUGGGCAGAAAAGUUUUGGAAUUCUGGAGAUGUGUAGGAGUGCGUAAAUAGUUGCAGCAUGAGAAGCAAAAGGACAAGAGAGAACGAGUACAGGGAUCCUAAUGCAACUUGUGAAAGAAAUAAGGUAGAGAUCUAUAUUUGGUUGCUUAUACAUUAGAUGUUGUGUGACUUCCGGAUAUGUGCACGAGUACGAUUUUCUAGUUGAGCAUGAUUAAGUGGGUCCUUCGAAUAA